ACUUUGAAAAAUGUUCUCUCUGCAUGGAUGGAAGACAAUAAUCGAAGAGAUUGGAAUACUAUGAAUAUUCGUCGCUCCAGACCUACCAAUUAUACACCAUACGAAUUGGUUUUUGGGCAAUAUCCCUUACACCACUUUAAUUUAAUUGAAGAAUGGAAGCGACAUAACAUUAAUAUGGAGGAAGAUUUGCCUGAAGGUAUCAUCGAGAAUGAGGAAGGUUCUGAAAAUAAAGAUAAUAACUUAUCCAAUAAAUAUGAAGAUUUCAAUGAAAUCACUCAAAUUAAUAAUAUAGAAAGAGAUAGUGCUUCACGGUCUUUGAUAGUAGCUUCUCCAUCAAGUUCACAAUCUUUGACACCAUUUUCUGAUAUUUUUCAAGAAGAGGACAGCACUAUAAAAAAAAAUAGUACUUUACAAACAAAUAAAUCUUCGUUAAUAACUUCUGUUCUAGGAGAACAUGAAUUGGAAAAUAUAGAAGAUGAUUAUACAAUGCAACAACAAACUACUUUCAAUAAUCAACAAAUACAAUCCACGACUGAUGAUACUAGUGAGCAAAUAGUUUCCGCGCAAGAUAACUUUACAAGUAAUCAGGAAAGAAUUACAAAAGAUAAGGAAAAUCAAAAUUUUAUUGAUUCAAAUAAUUCAAAUGAUUAUGUUCCUUCCAAAAAACAUCGUAUUCGAGUUAUUCAAGAAGCUUUAAAUAAUCCAACUUCUCAGCAUAACAUUUAUCAGCAAGUUGUAAAUAAAAAUCUUGAAGACUAUCGUUCCAAAAUAAAAUGCAAGAUGCACACAAAAUACAAUAUUCAUGAACGUGUUUAUGAAGUUGGUGAUCUAGUAAAAAUUCAAGUUGCCAAAAUUGACCAUGGCCCUGGUGAUCAUUGCGCACUCCCUUGCAAAGUGUUUGCAGUGCUUCCCAGAAAUAUGUAUCGCCUUGUAUGUCGAUUUGGCAUUCUUGACCAAGCAUUUUCAGCUGGUAUGGUUUUAUCACUUGGACCAAAAGAAUAUCUGGAGUUGAAUAAUCCUCCAACCAAUAUGACUAUUAGUAUGAUUGAGGCGGCAAGAUUGCAAUAUAAUACUCUUGCUAGUAACAAAGUAUGCAAUUGUAGAGGUGACUGUCUUACAGCAAGAUGUAUUUGCAAAAAAGCAAAUAUU